AUGCCUACCAAAGAAGUGCUCACCCAGUGGGAAGCCUCCUCGCCUACUGCUAAGGGCGAAGGCCCCCUCCAAGGCACUACAAAUCCUGCCCAGUCUUUAGUUUCUGCACACGAAUGCUUCGCUGAAACACCCAACGCUGAAGGGUGUUCGCAUGAGUAUCAUGACGGCCGUCUUGCAGCUCAUCAGGACCGCGUCUGUAAUAAUGGCGCCCGUACGCCCAACUCCCUUCACGCCGAUAUCCUCAAACAGAUAGAAGCCAAACAGGAUCGUGAUACCACAGCCCAUGGUGCACAGGAAGAGUCCAAGCAAGUGGCCAAUCACUCCAAGGCAGUAGAUCAAAAUUACAAGUAG